UGGGACUGAAAGAGGCAGAUUAGGAGAGCAGAGAAGCGGAGCGAGAUUAUUAGCAGUGAGAGGGGAAGAAAAUUGCAUUGCAGUUUUUACGGCAAGCUCAGAAAGAGGAAACAAACACACAAAUUGCAUUGUGAAGUAUUGAACGUGUCACAGAGAAGUUGAGAUUGUCAAGCAAUGCACAAACGCACACACAGACAUGACGACUUAUAGAGGAAGAGGACGAGUCCUGUGGACUACAGAGCGAACGCUGUGAGAUACUGAGACAUGACAGGCAGGCUGGUUUGGGUGUGUGUAGCUUGACCCACACGCUGAAAUUGGGGAAGGGAGAAAAGCUGCAAACACAGAGCAGAAAAACCUUCAUUCUGAGGACAUGGGGAGUGUUAGUGAAUUGUGUGUGACUAGUUUCCAAGCUUUCUUAUGUCCAACGUUACCAAGGAGUCUUUCGGUGCCUGACGACCUCACGCCUGAGGAGCAGAAAGAGCUGGAAAACAUCCGCCGGCGAAAGCAGGAGCUGCUGGAGGACAUUCAGCGUCUGAAAGAUGAGAUCGCCGAAGUGACCAGUGAGAUCGAGAACCUGGGUUCCACAGAGGAGAGAAAAAACAUGCAGAGGAACAAACAAGUGGCAAUGGGCCGCAAGAAAUUCAACAUGGACCCCAAAAAGGGGAUCCAGUUCCUCAUUGAAAAUGACCUUCUGAAGAACACCAGUGAAGACAUCGCACGCUUCCUCUACAAGGGUGAAGGUCUUAACAAGACUGCAAUAGGAGACUACCUGGGAGAGAGGGAUGACUUCAAUAUCCAAGUCCUUCACGCUUUUGUGGAGCUGCAUGAGUUCACAGAUUUGAACCUGGUUCAGGCUCUCAGGCAGUUUCUCUGGAGCUUCAGACUUCCUGGUGAGGCCCAGAAGAUCGACAGAAUGAUGGAGGCGUUUGCCCAGCGCUACUGCCAAUGCAACCCCGGCGUCUUCCAGUCCACAGACACGUGCUACAUUCUGUCCUUCGCCAUCAUCAUGUUAAACACCAGCCUUCACAACCCAAACGUUAAGGACAAGCCCACAGUAGAGCGUUUCAUCUCCAUGAACAGAGGCAUUAAUGAUGGAGGAGACCUGCCAGAAGAACUGCUCAGGAAUCUAUAUGAGAGCAUCAAGAACGAGCCCUUCAAAAUCCCUGAGGAUGACGGCAAUGACUUGACGCACACUUUCUUCAACCCAGACAGAGAGGGCUGGCUGCUCAAACUGGGAGGACGCGUCAAAACCUGGAAAAGACGGUGGUUCAUUCUCACAGAUAACUGCCUUUACUACUUUGAGUACACUACUGAUAAAGAACCAAGAGGCAUCAUCCCCCUGGAAAACCUCAGCAUCCGUGAAGUGGAGGACAAGAAGCCGAACUGCUUUGAGCUCUUCAUCCCUGACAAUAAGGACCAGGUGAUCAAGGCAUGUAAAACAGAAGCGGACGGACGGGUUGUUGAAGGAAACCACACUUUCUACCGCAUCUCUGCUCCCACCGUCGAGGAGAAGGACGAAUGGAUGAACAGCAUUAAGGCGGCCAUCAGUAGAGAUCCUUUCUACGAGAUGCUGGCAGCGAGGAAGAAGAAGGUCUCCUCUAUGAAGAGACACUAGAGCUGCUCAGGAUGCUGGUGUUACAGAUUCAGGGCUACUGGAACUGCUCCCUCUCGUGGACACAACUGAGCUGUGCAAAGAGAAAAACAACCCCAGCUUCAGAAAGAAACCAGACCGGAUCAGCGAGGUCAAACCUUGCUAGACUUGGCACCUCUUUUUAAACGUCUUCUUGCUCUGCUAAUAUGCUUGUGUGUGUGUGUGUGUGUGUGUGUGUGUGUGUUGGAAGGAAGUCAGUAGGCUUUUUACUUGCUGCUGCUUUCUCGAAACCCCCAAAGAGAACAUUUUUCCUCAUGCUUAACCAAAAUACGCUCUUUCUGUUUCUCUCGCUCUGUCCUCUUUCUAUACCUCUCGUCUCUUGCACACACGCACACUCUUGCAUUUCUUGCAUUAUCUGAAAUCAGCAGGUCUGACAGAAUGUGGAAAACCAAACGGAAGCUCCUACACGCAUCGGAAAAGGAAGAUUUCCUUCGUGCUGAUGAUAUGUACAGGCAAUUUUUUUUUUAUUUAUCUUGCACAAGCGGUCUAGUCCUCAGAGGUUUAUUUGUGUAUUUAAUUGUAAAAAAAAAAAAACAUUUUCCAAGAGACUUCUAUAAUUUGCAAUGGAAAUCCAACUUUGUAGGGAGGGUGGGAAAUCACCCUAGAUUUGUUGGCAGAUUGAUUAGCCCCUAACGGUAAACUGCUCCACGGGCAUUUGUUUAUUUUCUCAGCAGACGCCAAUGUCUUGAAAUGCGACAUGCUUAUUUAGCAUGUUGUGAGAAGCUGCUGCAGUGCUGUGAAUAUUGGCAGCCGGGUUUGCAUUGUAACACGUAAGCAGAAAGACUGGAUGGUGGCCAGCUAAGGAUUAUGGGAUAUCACCAUUACCAGGAUAUCAUGCAUUGGUACUACCUCUCAGACAGACAGGACGGUUAUUAGCAUAUGUUUUUUAUUGGACCUUCCAAUAAAAUGCUUUUAAUAAAAUGAAUAAAUGUGCCUACAAACAAAUUCAAGUUCAGUGUCAGUAAAGACUGUCAAUGGCAGUUCAAUCAGAAGAUGCUCCAGUGCCUGCUUGCGUUUCUCCAGUCAUCCUUUCAGUUAUUCUUCAAGCAAAAUGUUCAAUCUAAGCAGUAUUGGUUUAAUUUAUCAAAGAUGUACAUACUUUAGUGUAUAGAGAAUAUUGGUUUCUAUUUUAUAAAUGUGUGUACUGUAUGUAGCAGUAUUGUACUAGUCGAGUGCCAUUUUCUUUCUUUCUUUUUUUUAUCUUUGUUCUGGAGGUCGAUACCAUUGUAGUGGUAGCCAGAUCAUGCUGAAAUAAAGACAUUAUAGCAGC